AUGCCCACCCUGACGUCCAUUCCAACCGAAUGCCUUCUCGUCAUUCUCCAAAGCUGUGACAGUAUAUCUCAGGCUACUGCUCUUUCUUCAAUAUGCAGACAAUCCCACUCCGUUUACGUCUCAAACAAGUACGCAGUCUUAGCAGAAUGCGGGAAGCGCGAUAUCCCCGCCUUCAAUGAGUCCCUUAUGGCAGUCCGCGCGACAAACAUCGUCAUGGACCACUUCCACAAGGGGCAGUUUCCGCCAAAGCCUUUCCCCCUCUCCAUAGGCGUGGAAUCGCGAAAACCAUCGUCUGAGGAAAUGCGGCAAGUGUUUGACUGGGAACAUCUGAUCAGGUGCAUCGAGGACAUCUGCUUGCACAAUACGGAAUGGGGUCGAGAAAGUCCUUACUUUGAUAAGACGGCUGAUUCUGAAACGCCGUCCCCGGAAUGGCUCACUUGGAGACAGAACUUCCGGCGCUCAAUGUACCGAUCAUUAAUGAUGGGUGCGGUCUUAUGUGCAGAAUACCAGGAGCCCGUAGCGCUGUCUAAUAAGGAUGGCAUUCCAAAGGGGUUUCUAGAAGAUCUGCAGGGUCGAAUCGACCGAGAUGAUCCAGACGAACCAUUUAUGAGGAGUGAUGAGAUGGCAUACCUACUCAAGCACCCGGUCUUCAAUUUCGAGGCCUACGACGACCAUCACUCUAUAUACGGACAGCUAGCGGAGUUCCUUCAGCAGCAAACUGAGAACCAUCGACAGGUCAGCCCAGAAAUACGAGAUAUGUAUCCGGAGUACGCAAGUCUAGAGGAAGUUGCCCGGGACCAUGCUGUAAUAUUCCAAGCUGAGAUGGUGCAAUGCCUCAAGUCAUGCAUGACGCUUUCAAAUCACUGUGGAGCGUCACAAAUAUUCAAAGAAGCCAAUAAACCUUUUGAAAAACGUGCUCGAAGCAUCACAAUUAUCCGAUUGGGAUCAUUCUAUCCUGAACACAUUGCUAUGCCGGCCAAUCCCCAUCAUGCACACCAGAUGCUUCUGCUUGCAGAGCCUCUUCCCCAAAACAAAGAAAACACAGCAUGGAAUUCCUCCUCCCACUUGAUGGACUCAAUUCUUGGCUUCAUGCACCAUUUUUCUGGUCAGCCCAACCAUUACGCAGGGGGAUUCCCAACUCCGCCUCCUCCCUUGCAGGUCUUCCAGUACGUCGCCCGAAGGUUCCUGGGUCUCCGCUUUUCAGACGAAGCAUUUGACGAAAGAUGGGUCGAGGCUGCGUAUAUCCAGUUUGCGCAUUAUCCACAAAUCUCUGGCAUUUUUCUGGAUGAGGCUCCUGAUGAUGGCUCAAUGUUUGACACUCUGGACGGAGAGGGUCAGUAUAAUGUAUACUAUGGAUCAGGUGCGUACUAG